UCUGACUGCCCUGCAAAAGAAAUGUUGGCAAAAUACCCCCUCCUCAUCGAGUGGGAAAAAAAUGGCGGACAAGCGCUAAAUCUACAUCUGAAACAAACACACGUUUCUAAGCAAGACGGAAAAACAAGGAACGGGGUCGCUUUAAUUCGGACGCCGUCCCCCUUGGCGGAGGAAAAAGGCGCACUUCUAUUGAAUCGGAAAUCUCCCGGAGAAGAGAAGAGAAACGCUGCUAAAACGGUUAUGAAGCUGUAAGCGAGGAGGCCACUGUCGUGUCGUGAGCUUGGUCAGCAUUGUCGGAGCAUGAGGAAACCUGUACCACAGAGAGCAAUAGAGUGGAAAGAUGCCAGAAGGAUCAAGCAUGCAAGAAGCGGACGGCCCUCCCGGGUGCCCUCACAGUACCAAGGGCAUUUCAGUUGGGAGAAAUACUUGAAAGAGACAGGUACCUCUGCAGCACCUGCUUCCUGCUUCAAACAGAGCCUCACUCCUCCAGCUAAUGAGUUCAAGGCAGGUAUGAAGCUGGAGGCCCAGGACCCGCGGAACACCACGUCCACCUGUAUUGCCACAGUGGUGGGCCUGACAGGCUCACGGCUGCGGCUGCGUUUGGACGGCUCUGAUAACAAGAAUGACUUCUGGCGCCUGGUGGACUCGUCAGAGAUCCAGCCGAUAGGGAACUGUGAGAAGAACGGAGGCAUGCUGCAGCCACCACUAGGUUUCCGUCUCAAUGCAUCGUCCUGGCCCAUGUUUCUUUUGAAAACACUAAACGGAGCAGAGAUGGCACCCUCCCGCAUCUUUCACAAGCAGGAGCCUCCUUCUCCAGAGCAGAAUUCAUUCCAAGUAGGCAUGAAGCUGGAGGCGGUGGACCGGAAAAACCCACACUUUAUCUGCCCGGCCACUGUGGGUGCACUGCGUGGCGUGGAGGUGCUGGUCACCUUUGACGGCUGGAGAGGAGCCUUUGACUACUAUUGUCGCUACGAUUCACGUGACAUCUUCCCGGUUGGCUGGUGUUCACUCACUGGUGACAACCUGCAGCCGCCUGGCACCAAAGUUGUGUUGCCGAAGAGCCUCGGGGCACUAACAGAAGGGAGUGUGGAGAGUCCAGCCAUGCACCCCACCCCCACGGUGGGCAGACCUCCAGGUCAGAGGGGACGUAAGCCAGGCCGUAGGAAAACUAAGGUGACGGGCCCUUGGAGUCCAAAGACCUCGCCGUCGGUACCACAGAGUCUACAGCCAGGAAAAGGCCUGGAGCCAAUCAAGAUCCCCAAGAAACGUGGGCCCAAACCUGGCAGUAAGUUGAAUUGGACAAAGAGGGCUGGGUGGUUGGAAGAUGCCAUGGCUGGUCCAGGACGGCCUGUGACGGCAGCAGGACGACCGCGAGGUAGAGUUCCAACCAACUGGGCACAGAGAAUAGCCCUGCAGCAGACCCAGACUCAGGCAGAACCUAUCAAAAUCCCAAAGAAAAGAGGGCCCAAGCCUGGUAGCAAGAGAAAACCUCGCGUGGUACCUAAUCCAGUCCCCACAUCUCCCACCAGCAGCACCCCAGAACCGGACACCAGCACUGUGCCUCUGGACAACGCCACCAUCCCCAACUCUGCACUUCAGGCCCCCACAGUUUGUGUGUACUUAAACAAGUACGGCAAAGUGGGGCCCCAUUUGGACCAGCGGCGUAUCCAGCAGCUCCCAGACCACUUUGGCCCAGGCCGGGCCUCCUCUGUUCUUCAGCAGUGUGUCCAGGCCUGUGUGGACUCAGCCCACAACCAGGGCACAGUGUUCUCCUGCCUCAAGUCUGGUCAAGGCGGUGAAGUCAUUUCAGCUUACUUUGACAAGCAGCAGCGCACCCUCACCCUGCCCACCGUCAGCAGUGUCACCUACGUCCUCCGCUUCCUAGAGAAACUCUGCCACAACCUUCACUGCGACCCUCUGUUUGGCAGUCAGCCUGUAGCCAGAGGAGGCCUGCACUACGACGGACACACAUACACUACAGAAAGGAGAGGUUUUGGAGACAGCCUAACGACAGGCCCUGGCCGAGGCACCAAGCGGUUCCUUCAAGAUUACAGUUCCCUACCCCAGAAACUGGCUAAAAUCCCCCGGCACUCCACUGAUGGCGAGUCCUUCAUAGAGAAAAGUAUUAGUGCAUCAGAGCACUUAAAGAAGAGUCCUCUGUCCCCAAACUCCACUGCACAAACACCAGGCCUCAGGUCACCCUCCAAGCUGCUGCACCGGAACAACUCUACAGGCAGUUUUCGGGAGAGCCCCCGGCCCAGUGGUCAGGACCCUAACCUGUGGACAGUAGAGGACGUCAUGCAGUACAUCAGGGACAUCGACCCAGUGCUGGCUCCACAUGCUGACCUUUUUAGGAAACACGAGAUUGAUGGCAAAGCACUACUGUUGCUACGCAGCGAUAUGAUGAUGAAAUACAUGGGCCUGAAGCUCGGCCCUGCCCUCAAACUCACCUUUCACAUCGAUAAGCUCAAACGCACUUGAGGAAGUCAGCUUUCCACCCCACAGCCUUCCAAAGGACUCACUUCCAACCCCCACUCCCCUUUUUCUAGAACCAGUAUAUCGUGCACUGCGUAUCGGACUUAUACUGACCAUUACAUGUAGCAGCUGCCAUCAAACCACCACUUUUGGUAUUGCGUACUUCCUGUCUUCGCCUCAUCCAAUGAGGAAUGUUUAUUUUGUGUAGCACAAUCCAGCCUCAAGGCAGCAUGGGAUACGUAGGAUCGCCCACUUGUCCAUCAUCUGUUCUUCAUUUCAGUAUAAUAACUUGAAGUCAUAUAUGGCCAUUUUAAUUGUCAAAGGCUUUUUGGCCUUUAAUAUGUUACAUUUAUUCUGUACAUUUCAUAUUUUGUACUUCAUCAGUAUAUGGAUGUAUUUUUGCCUUUUUCAGCAGUUUGUGUUGGAUAUGCUAAAAAAAGGAAAAAAAAAAGAAAACCCUAAAGAGAAGAAAACACUACAUUCAUCCCAAUAGUUGGGAAUUCUUCGGAUUAAUGUCUCUGUUUGAGGCACACUUUUUUGCAACUACAACAUUAUUAAUUAUAGGGAGGAAAAAUGGUUUUAUUAAAG